AUGUCAGCGCCGCCGUCCAUCGUCCGUCCCGGCGCAUCUGCUGCGGGCCCGCCAGGCUGGGAGGAGCGUCGUGCCGCCGACGUCGAGGCCGAGCACGCCGAGGAGGCGGCAAAGCACGAGGCGGGCGGUGGAGGCGGCGAGGGCGUGUUCUCCAAGCUCAAGGACGGCCUGCACAAGGUCGGCGAGAAGAUGGCGCUCGUGCCCGAAAAGGACCAGCCGUUGCAGGACGCAUCCACUGGCCCCGAAGUCGCCUCGUAG